AUGGACCCGAAGGAAGGCGCAGUGGAGACGGCGCCACUGGAGGUCAGACUCUUUGUCGAUACAAGCAGCUCCAAGGAGUUCGACGCCUAUUAUGCGGACGCUCGCAUCUGUGUGGAGCUGAAUGGACUCUGGAAGAAGUGCAAGUCGACGGGGGGACCUCCAAUCAUCUUCCGGUUGCUGCCCGAGGGGAACUACACUGCCAUUGCCUACAUCACGGACAAGACGGAGCAGGCUCGAUACCACGAAACUACACCGGUUGGGUUCACUGUGGUGGGGUUAAGUGAGUUUAACCUCCGUAACGCGUUACUGGCGGAGAGGAGUCGGAUAGAGCAGCAGUUCCCCGAGGAUAUCGAUCUGCUACGUUGGGCGGAGCUGGAAAAUGGAGCGGGUAUUGAUGGCAAGACUGAUGAUGUGUGA